AUGAAGUCGUAUUGCGAGCCAUCAUCAGGGAACUGCUUACUUGUUGAAGACCGUCCUACUCUAUCGAAUGACAGGUUGUCAGUGCGCCGUGUCCUUUUAUACAAAGAUUAUGACCAAAUGAGUAUUAGCUCAGUUGACUUGGAAACACCUGAAGUGCUCACAUGGAAAAAUUUCAAUAGCCGAAAUUGGCCCGUCGACAAGAAGAGGCUUAACUCCCCAGCUUUCGAGCUAAUCGCCGAGUUGGGUUUCAUGAUGGAAGCGCUGGAGGUUGAGCCUCAAGAGUGGCAAAAUGUGCUAAUGAUUGGCUUAGGAGGUGGAGCACUGAGCAACUAUUUUAGUUCAGUGGAUUCUAUAAAAGUGAACCUUACAGCUGUGGAAUUGAAUCCGCUCAUGAAGACUAUAGCAAAGGAGUGGUUUGGGCUACAAGAAACUCCAAACUACAAAGUUCUCAUUGAAGAUGGAGUAAAGUUUCUCGAAGGAGCUGUUCAACGAGGGGAAAAGUACAAAACAAUCAUUCUUGACGCUUGUGGUGAUGUCAAGGAAUCUUUGAUAUGUCCGGGCAAGGAGUUCAUGAACCCAAGCGUAAUUCAGGACAUUAUUAAGGUACUCGACAGUGAUGGUGCGCUUAUAGUGAAUAUUCUUUGCUCAAGAGAUAACAUAGCAAAUGAGAAUAAGGUACUUCUCAUGUACAAGGACCAAUUUACAACAUGCUUUCAUGUUCGUUAUAGUGAAGCUCAACGAUUAGUCGCUUGUAGUCACAGAAAAAAUUGGAGUUUUCUUGAUCAGAUGAAGCGCUUCGAAGAGAACAUCAAAGCUGUCGAAAGUCGCUUGAACUUUGAUAUGGGCAGAAUUAUUCUUAAAUUUAAUCCUUGA